AUGGAAAAAGAUAGGAAGGUGGUCAUACUGGGGGUUUCUGCUUCAAUUGCCGCAUACAAGGCGAUCGAAGUUGCAAAUACUCUGACCAAGAAAGGUUAUGACGUUCAUGUCACACUUACAAAAAAUGCACAUAACCUUGUCACCCCAAAUACUUUUGAAACUCUUACACACAACAAAUGUAUAACAGACGACUUUGAACGAGUAGAAACGUACGACAUCAAACACAUUUCUCUUGCUCACGCAUCGAAAUUUUUCCUUGUGUGUCCCGCGAGUGCAGACAUAAUAGCAAAACUCGCAGCAGGCAUCGCAGAUGAUUUUCUGACAACUUCUUUUCUUGCUGCAAAUUGCCCCAAAUUUGUGUGUCCUGCCAUGAAUUCGACCAUGUACCUCAACCCAAUUACACAACGUAAUAUCCAAACUUUGAAGUCGUUUGGCACCAAAAUAAUCGACCCUUCGUCAGGGAGAUUAGCGUGCGGAGACGUCGGUGUUGGGAAGUUGGCGGACAUCACUCAAAUUAUAGCAGAGGUUGAGCAGAGUAUUUCAGUUCCUCAAAUUUUGAAGAACAAAACUGUCCUUGUUACUGCUGGACCAACUGUGGAGAAAAUAGACCCGGUCAGAUUUAUAACAAAUCACUCAACUGGAAAAAUGGGAUAUGCAGUCGCACAAGCGGCAGCUAAUUAUGGUGCAAAAGUCGUAUUAGUGACAGGACCGACAAUAAUUGACAAACCUACAAAUGUAAAAGUGGUGAGUGUGGAAUCCGCUGAUGAAAUGUACAAUGCUGUCGUCAAAGAGGAAUGUGUUGAUAUAUACAUCAUGGCUGCCGCAGUGGCUGAUUAUAAGCCAGAAAGUGUUGCUGACCAAAAAAUCAAGAAAAGCGACGAAACAAUGACUUUGAAAUUGGUUAAAAAUAGAGACAUUUUGAAAGAAAUUGGCCUGAGGAAGAAAGAGGGCCAACUCAUUUGUGGGUUUGCAAUGGAGACCCAGGACUUGAUCAAAAACGCGACUGAGAAGCUUAGACAGAAGAACUGUGAUAUGAUUGUUGCCAAUCAGCUCAACGUUCCUGGUGCAGGAUUUGCCGGCGACACCAACAAAGUAGUUUUCAUCACAAAGGAGAAAGUUGAAGAGAGUGGUGUUGAACUCAAAACCGAAGUUGCGAACGAAAUUUUGCUCCGUCUUAUGGGGAAAAAGUGA